UUCCCAAUCCUCGUCACCUCGCAGAAUCCCCAAUCCUCCUCGCAAAUCCCUCGAGUCCUCCGCGCCCCCAAGUCAAUUCGUCGUCGUCGUCAGCUAUGUCGGGCCGCGGCAAGGGAGGCAAGGGCCUGGGCAAGGGCGGCGCGAAGCGCCACCGCAAGGUCCUCCGCGACAACAUCCAGGGCAUCACGAAGCCGGCGAUCCGGCGGCUGGCCCGCAGGGGCGGCGUGAAGCGCAUCUCCGGGCUGAUCUACGAGGAGACCCGCGGCGUGCUCAAGAUCUUCCUCGAGAACGUCAUCCGCGACGCCGUCACCUACACGGAGCACGCCCGCCGCAAGACCGUCACCGCCAUGGACGUCGUCUACGCGCUCAAGCGCCAGGGCCGCACCCUCUACGGCUUCGGCGGCUGAGGAGGAGGGCCCCGGCUUCCGCCCGCGUCUUGCUUCGGGAGAGUGGUUAACCUAGGGUUCACAAGGGAUCGUUUGAGUUUGCGUGUUGUGGUGUCCUGUGUGUAGCUGUGUUGUGGUGUUCUGUAACGGACUGGAUGCUUAUGGAGAAUUAGAUGCCUAUGAAUUGAGGAGAUUGAUUCUGUUGACA